AUGAACCUCCAGAGUUUACUUUUGUUAAAAGAUUGGAUCAUAACCGGCAUUGACUUAAUACUGAACAGACAUAAGUACCUACUGCUAAACCAUGAUCGAAUAUGCGUUGCGAAAGGUUGCGGAGAUCAGACAGAAGUCAGUCUACAUUUCUACCUCACGCUAUGCUCGCUGACACAGGCGGCUUACUUCAGCCGAAUGGCCACAGUGAACAGGAUCCGAGGACCCUCAGUCUUCAGGCCAGGAGUCAACAUGCAGAGCUUACAACGCCAGCCAUACCCACAGCGAUUUGUCCAAGCUGCUUCUCAUAGGGCACCAUACGUUGUGUAUAGGAAUCCACCACACAGGUAUGCUAUGAAGCAUUACGCCCCAGCGACUCGGAACGCCUACCCGCCAGGGUGGAAGACCACAGCGCGUCUGCCUCCAAUGUCCCCGGUCACCCCGGAGUACGAAUUCAUCAGGGCAGCGUCGGCCCCCACCAAUUUACGCGCAGAAGCAACAGGAGCCAUUCACACGAUACCAGCGCCCAAUCUCAGCCUAUCUGAGAAGCCUAUUGUCGUCAUAGAAGAGACCGUGGUCAGCUCUAAACCACCUGAACAGCCGAAGGCAACUUAUGAAGUUACGGAGAAAUACCUGGAUCCAAGUGUUUACCAGAUGACUCCUAAGAUAGAGAUACCUGUUGGAUUUUCAAAGGCGACAUCCCUGACAUCGCCAGAAAUGCAAUCUCUGAUACGAAACGGAGCAGCGUUGCAAUUUGCUUCGGAGUACGGGCUAAAUGCUAUCGCGUUGCCACAACCAUUGCAACCACAGCAGUUUACAGUUCAGGGCUUCAGCAGUCUACCUAACCCUCAUGAUCUUAUACAUGCCGGAGCCGAAUCAAUUGUCAUUCAACCCCAAGCACUUUAUCAGCCGGACCCACUAUUUUUGCAAAAACUACAAAACCAACUGAUGCAAAAAUACCCAGCCAUAGAGUUCAUUCCCUACAACUCAGAUAUUGCGCAGGCGCCGGUCAAUUCACAGCCUCAAACUCAAUCGCAAUCACAACUCUUUUUACUUGAAAACGAAGUAAUAACCAAACAGACGCCAACUGCCUUCGAACCACCAAGAAAUGUAGUACAGAGGGAAACCCAAGAAAGUAACAUAGCAACAUUAAUACCUCAAGGAUUUGUUUUGAAUAAUGUAACUGAGAAUUUAGUGGAAGUGACUUCAGCUUCGGCACCUCAAAAUGUAACAUUGGAAUUAGUUCCAGAUGAAUCUAACCCAGGAACUACGACUGUUAAAUAUAUCAUCGAAAGAAAAGAAAACGAGCAGAGUACUACACCACUAUAUUACGCUCAAGUUGAUCAAAGCGUAGGUAAUGUAGUUGCAAAUGGAUUUUAUUCAGCGCUUAAUGAUGUGAGGGCAGCAGCGGCUUUAGCUCAAGUAGAGAAACCAACAGAGCAAAAUACUAAUGUUGAAAAUUUGACCACAACGACUACAAAUCCAGACUUAAAAACUUAUUUCAUGCAGAGUUCGGAAAAUUCACAAAAUCCUAAUGUUACUGAAUUAAAGCCGAUUUUAGGAGUACCCUUUUCAAAGAAUGGUGAUUCUGUAAAUAUUGCAUAUACUUUAGUGAGAGCAGAGGACAAGGAACCUAAGGUAACGCAAGAAGGCGCGGUAUACGCCGGUCAAUUAGUAGAAGCUACAAUAAGCGAGGACCAUGAUUUCAAUAAAGAAAAGGAAAAUUUAAUAUCGCGACGAGCUCCUUUGAGGCUCAUUGCUGUAGAGAAGAAAGACACGACAAUGACAACUAGUCUUCCUCAGAAGCAGACCGUAGUGAAAGCAAAAAUACCUCCAAAAAGCAAAUUGACAUUCGAUGACAAAACUGGAGAGCCUGUUUUGAGAAUAUAUGCAAGUUAUAUUGAUAGCCCCCUACAGAAGGAAUUACUAGCUACAAAAUUGGCAAACAUCAAAAAUGUCAAAGACCUAAUGUCCAGAAAGGACACAGUUGACAACUGGAAGGCGGCUACAGUGAAAGCAGCUGAGAAGACCCAAGGUCCAGAUGUUAACCAGGUCACGCAGUUUGGUAUAAAGUUAAGGUCAAGAAGUGAUGAUUACAUACCCCUCUUUGAGGAAUAUGAAGACUAG